AUGUCAAUCCCCACAACGCCCCGCCGUUCGAAACGCUUCCAACCUCUGCUAUCACCUUCGAAGCGCCAGGAUAUCCACACGCCGCCUCCUGUAUCCUGGGCACGCGCUCCCAUCCACGAGCGCCCGACUGUCGUUGAGACGGACUUGUUCGACGAGGAGCAAGCACGCAUUGCAGAAGCUGAUGAUCCCACUGACUACAGCACAUGCACGACACUCUACUACGAUGAACUUAUACGUUACUCAACGCCUCCCCAGCGCUCCAAGGCCAGAUCCCGCGCCUCCAAGCAAUCCAAAUCAGAACCCGCAGAACGCUACAAAGUCGGCGACACGGUGCUCGUAACCACUGCAAGCCGCCACCCGAGCAUCGCAGUCAUCUCAGGGAUGUGGGAAGUCAAGCCUUCGGACGGGAUGGAGGAAAACGAUGGUGGAGAGGAGGGCGAUCCUGAAGACGCGUUCAAAAUUCGGAUACAUUGGUACCUAAGACACUCUGACCUCCCAAAAAUCCGGGCUGCCCGUGAACAUUACGAGAACGAAGUCUACUACAGCGUAGCGUCUUCGGUACUCAUCCGGCCUAGCUCUAUCCAAUCACACUGCCUUAUAUCCACCACUCCCCCCUCCAAAGAAACCACAAAGCUCUCGCGCUGGUCCAUCCCCUCCACAUCUACAUCCUCCCGACGCACAUCAUCCAAGUCCAAGCCCAAGCCCAGUUCUAAUGUAACGGACUCCUCACUUGGUGAUGAGCACACCUACUACUGCCACCUCGCCGUGCACUCGCGGCGUGGUAUCUUCUACGAGUUCUCAUGGCCCGACCACCUUAGCUAUGCGUUGUCUGCCAUGGAAGGAGAUCCAAGCGAUGCGAGUGCGUGGGACUUGUCGCCUGUGGAUAUCGUGCGGUUAGAGAAGGGGGAGAAAGAGAAAGAGAAGACAAGUAAGCCGGCCACGAAAGCGAGGGGGAGGCCGAGGAAAGGCGGCAAAGUGGGGAGAGCGACGAGGAAAGUAAAAGAAGGAGACGAGGCACAUGAUGAAGAGGAUAGGGAGGAAGAGGAGAGUCAGCCUAGUGGGGACGAGUAUCAGGCGUCGGCAGCGAGCGACGGACAAGGUAGCGACCCGUUUGAGCUCCCUCAGCAGAACGAGGACACAGAGGACGAGGAUUCACAGGAGGAAGAGGAUGAUGAAAGUGAGGACGAGUACGACGUCCCGCAAACGCCUACUCGCAAACGCAAGCGCGCCGCCCAAGCUACACCCCGCAAAUCUCCACGAAAAUCUAAAUCCUUGCUCGUAUCAUCGUUCGCUACACCCCGCAAACCGCGCCGCGCCGCAUUGGCGCAGCCGACACCACACUCGAAGGCUGCGCUCGCCAAACGCCGGAAAGUGGCUUAUAAGCGGCGCAAACAGCUCGACGGCGAGGGCUCUGUCGGUGGUGAGGACGAGGACGAUGGUGUUUUUAAUGUUGGUGGUGUUGCGGGCGUUGGUGGGUCGUCUGGUCUAUCGACCUACGCAUUAGGCGUGGGCUCUGGAGACACAGACAACCUGCCGGACGACCCGUGGGUCCGGGCGAUGUAUAUGUUGCAUGUGGGCAGCCGCCCGGACGCGCUGCCGUGCAGGGAGAGGGAGUUCCAGAAGGUGCUGAGGAGCGUCAGUGAGCUGCUCGAGGAGGGGAGUGGGGGCUGUAUCUAUAUUUCUGGUGUGCCGGGAACCGGGAAGACGGCGACUGUGCACGCUGUAGUGCGAGAGUUGAAGCGGCAGGCUGAGCAGAACGAAACCAACCCCUUCACCUACGUCGAGAUCAACGGACUGCGCCUCUCCGAGCCCGCGGCCGCGUACUCCCUCCUCUGGGAGGCCGUCUCGGGGCACGACGUCGAGGCGGAAGGCCACAUGCGGAUUUCUGCGAAGGAGAGCUUGAAGUGCUUGACGAAGCAUUUUGCGGGCGGGGCACGAGGGCCCGGUCAGCAUGCUUGCGUUGUCCUCAUGGACGAACUCGACCAGCUAGUGACGACCAAACAAGACGUCGUGUAUAACUUCUUCAACUGGCCCACGCUCGUCGGUAGCAAGCUUGUGGUGCUGGCCGUCGCGAACACGAUGGAUCUGCCCGAGAGGGUUAUGAGCGGGCGCGUGAGGAGUCGGCUUGGUAUGGUCCGGAUAAACUUUACGCCCUACGAUAAAUUGCAGCUAAGUGAGAUCGUUAAUGCUCGACUCGCUGCUGCACAGCUCGCCUCCAAUGAUGGGGGCGACAAAGAUGGCGAUCAAACUAGGACUACUGUCGAAGUGAUGAAACCUGACGCAAUCAAGUACGCUGCCAUGAAAGUGAGCAGUAUCAGCGGUGAUGCGAGGCGGGUUCUGGAUAUCUGCCGACUUACCAUAGAGCAAAUUCAUCAGGGGCACCAGUCUGCUCUCGCUUCCUCUGAUGCUUUGCACCCCUCGGCGCCUAUCCCUCCACCGAAACCCGUAACGGUCUCCGACGUGAAGCAGACGCUGCAGACGAUCCUGAUGCAGACUAAUACUAACUACUCGAUAACAUCGUCCUUCAUACGCGACUGCAGUCUGCAUGAACGGAUCAUGCUCGCGGCCAUUGUUAAGUGCGUGAAGAGAGAGGGCGUGGAGGAGAUCAAAUGGGGCGAGAUUCAACACCAGCAUCUUGCCUACGCAUCCAUCCUCCCCGCGCACGACGAGCCGAAGAACAAGCCCUCGGCAUACGACCUUACCCUGAUCCUCGACUCCCUCGCCUCGUCGCACGCUCUGAUUGUUGAGAAUCCCUCCGGCGGUGCGAAAGGGAGGGGAGGGGGAAAGGUUGGCGAGGAGGAGAGGCGGGUGAUGUUGAAUCUAGAGCAGGUGGAAGUGCAGAGAGUGCUCGGUGACGUCGGCGGAGCAGUGUGGAAGACCGUGCUCGGGUGA